AUGGCGAGUGCCGAAAUGGAGGUGGAGAUAGAGGUGGUGGUGCACGUGGAGUCUCUGGCGUCUGAGCCUGACACGGCCAGCGGGACGUCAGAUGAGGAGGGAGCCCCGGGCGAGGAGCAGGCGCUGAGCAUGGAGGUGGCGAAGAACCCUCCGAGCCCCCGUGAGGGCGGUGGGGAAGAGCAGGCCCCGCCGCUCUCAGCCGAGGGAUCGCGCUGCUCGCCGCCGCCUGAAGGUCCCAGCGAGUCUCCUGCUGCCGCCCCCUCGUCGGACUCGGACAGUGAUGCGGAUUCAGAUAGUUCAUCAACUACAUCCUCCUCUUCGUGUUCGCCUUCAACAGUAUCUGAUGAAGAUGAUCAUCCAAAUGAGAAGGAUAAUAGAUCUUACUGUGUUAAAACGAAAGAUGAGUUGCUUAUUGAUGAGCUGCCUCCUGUUGAAGACUUAACAAUAAUUCUGCCUGAUGAUGUUGAACUGAAGCUCUUUGGGACAGUUUCCAGCAUCAUUGAGCAGCUAGUAAUUAUUGAAUCACUGAGAGGCCUACCUCCAGUAAAUGAGGAAAGCAUAAUUUUUAAAGAAGAUCGGCAAGCAGUAGGGAAGAUAUUUGAGAUAUUUGGUCCUGUUUUACAUCCCUUUUAUGUGUUAAGAUUUAACAGCUCUGAGCAUAUCAAAGCCAAAGGUAUUAAUGUGCAAGAUAGCAUGUAUUUUAUUCCAUCCGUGGAGGACUUCACCCAGUAUAUAUUCACAGAGAAACUAAAACAGGAAAAAGGUUCAGAUGCAUCUUGGAAGAAUGACCAAGAACCACCACCUGAAGCCUUGGAUUUCAGUGAUGAUGAAAAAGAGAGAGAAGCAAAACAGAAGAAAAAGAAGCCACAAAAUCAAGGAAGGAAGAAACUCAAAUCAGAAACAAAUGUAUCGAGUGAGAAUAAAGGACUUCAUCAGUCAAUGCAACAGCCUGCUUCAAGUUAUUCAAGAGGAUACUGUGGCAGAGGGUUCUCCAGGAAUUCGUUUUCUACUCCAUCAGACACUCCAGGUUUUUUGAGACCACAAGGAAGACCACCACAGCUGUACUCUUCAGAUAACACAAUACAUCAGGAACCUCCAGUGUUUCCACAGCCUUAUAGGGAAGAAACUCCAAUGAUGCAACAGUAUCCCUUUUCUCCUCCAGUUUUUGGUUCUGUUAAUGAUGUGCAUCAAUUCCACCUUCCUCCUUCAAAUCUGAAUAUGAUCUGGUCAGGUCCAAACACUUAUCACUCAUCAUACCCAUUUUUACCACCUCUACCUCUGCUGCCACCUCCUCCACCUCCUCCAGACAGCCAUCCUUCUCAGUUCAGGCCUUACUGA